CUGAUGGGUACUUGACAUCUUAAGCUUCUGGGCCCAGAAUGAGGAGGAGCUUAGCUCCCAGUCAGUUGGCUGGAAGGAAACCAGAAGGCAGAUCAUCUGAUGAUGAAGACUGGCAGCCUGAGGCAGUGACUCCUAAGAAAAGGAAAUCCAGCAGCGAGACCCAGGUCCAGCAAUGUUUCUUGUCUCCUUUUCAGAAACCUUUGACUCAGCAAAUCAAUCAACCACAGUGUCUGGAUAGCAGUCAGCGUCCUCUGGGCUCUCGGGCAUUGGGCCUGAAAAGGGCUGGAGUCCGCAGGGCUCUUCGACCUCUGGAAGAAGGUGCCCUGGUUCUAUAUGAGCCUCCUCCACUAAGUGUCUAUGACCAGCUGAAGCUUGACAAGGAGAAACUCCCUGUCCAUGUGGUGGUUGAUCCUAUUCUCAGUAAGGUGUUGAGGCCUCAUCAGAGAGAGAGGUUCAUGAAUCAGCAUGGAGCUAGAGUGCCUUCUCCCAUUCUCAUCAUUUCUUAUGAAACUUUUCGCCUUCAUGUUGGAGUCCUUCAAAAAGGAAAUGUUGGACUGGUCAUAUGUGAUGAGGGCCACAAGCUCAAGAAUUCUGAGAAUCAGACAUAUCAGGCCCUGGACAAUUUGAAUACUAGCCGGCAUGUGCUCAUCUCUGGAACCCCCAUCCAGAAUGAUUUGCUUGAAUAUUUUAGUUUGGUGCAUUUUGUUAAUUCAGGCAUCCUGGGGACUACCCAUAAGUUCAAGAAGCAUUUUGAAUUGCCAAUUUUGAAGAGUCGAGAUGCAGCUGCCAGUGAGGCAGACAGGCAGCUAGGGGAGGAACGACUGAGGGAGCUUAUCAGCAUUGUGAAUAGAUGCCUAAUACGGAGGACAUCUGAUAUCCUUUCUAAAUAUCUGCCUGUGAAGAUUGAGCAAGUAGUUUGUUGUAGGCUGACACCCCUUCAAACUGACUUAUAUAAGAGAUUCCUGAGACAAGCCAAACCUGCAGAAGAGUUGAGUGAAGGCAAGAUGAAUGUGUCUUCCCUUUCUUCCAUCACCUCACUAAAGAAGCUUUGUAAUCAUCCAGCUUUAAUCUAUGACAAGUGUGUGGCAGAGGAGGAUGGCUUUGUGGGUUCACUGGACAUCUUUCCCCCAGGUUCUAACUCUAAAGCUGUAGAGCCACAGCUGUCAGGUAAGAUGCUGGUCCUGGAUUACAUUCUAGCCAUGACUCGAAGCUGCAGCAGUGACAAAGUAGUGCUGGUAUCUAAUUACACCCAGACGCUGGAUCUCUUUGAGAAGCUUUGUCAAGCCCAAAGGUACUUAUAUGUCCGCUUGGAUGGCACAAUGUCUAUUAAGAAGCGAGCCAAGGUUGUGGAGUGCUUCAAUAAUCCAUCAAGUCCUGAUUUUGUCUUCAUGCUAAGCAGCAAAGCUGGGGGCUGUGGCCUCAAUCUCAUUGGUGCUAAUCAGCUGGUCAUGUUUGACCCUGACUGGAACCCAGCCAAUGAUGAGCAAGCUAUGGCCCGGGUCUGGUGUGAUGGUCAAAAGAAGACCUGCUAUAUUUACCGCCUGCUAUCUGCAGGAACAAUUGAGGAAAAGAUUCUUCAGCGGCAAAGCCACAAGAAGGCACUAAGCAGCUGUGUGGUGGAUGAGGAGCAGGAUGUAGAGCGGCACUUUUCUCUUGGAGAGCUAAAGGAGCUAUUUACCCUGGAUGAAGCCAGUCUCAGUGACACACAUGACAGGCUACAUUGCCACCGUUGUGUAAACCGCCGGCAGGUUUGGCCACCCCCUGAUGGUUCUGACAGCACUUCAGACUUGUCUCAGUGGAACCACAGCACUGAUAGGCGGGGGCUCCAAGAUGAGGUACUCCAGGCUGCCUGCGAUGCUGCAUCUACUGCCAUCACCUUCGUCUUCCACCAGCGUUCCCAUGAGGAGCAGAGGGGGCUCCUCUGAUAACUGAUC